UUUUCAUGAACCUAUCACUGAUGCUUUGCCUUUUCAUGUUCAUUCACAUAUGUCUGGUUUACCCACACAAGGGCACAAUGAUGAAUUUUACGGAGGAUGCUCCUGUAAAGAAAGGCUCUGUUCUCUUAACAAGGAUGGAAAGUAUAACGGCAUACAAAAACCAACGUGGACAACCCAAAUCUGCAACUCCAGAACAAUCUGACAUUCCAGUGUCUGCUAAUGACAUGUGCUCCCUUGCUGAAUGGCCAUCCCAUGCUCGCCGCAACCGUGCGCGACUACAGGAUGAAGCUGGUGGACAGAAGAAGAAAGGGCGAGGUGUUCUAAAAGGUUUUAAAGCAUCUAAGAAGCGUUUUGCCAAUGGAUCUGCAAAGCUAAAUAUUACAUUCUCUGAAAAAUUGGGUGGUACAGUAGGAAUGAACUAUCGUUCGUUCAAGGAUGACGUGGUAGUCAUAAUGAAAAGAAAGUUACCACUCAUUGGAGUGACGACGUGGUCGGACAUUCACCCUACCAUUCAUCGACUCAUUGUUGCAGAUAUAAUAGACAGAUGGGACCUGGAAGAUACACCAGAAACAGAAGAAAAAGUUCUCAAAAUUGCGAAAGAGAGAUAUAGAGGCUGGCGAUCAACUCUAAGCUCCACUUACAAGGCAUACAAAACAGAUGCAGCUAGAUUGGCUAAUCUGCCUGAAGAUUUACAACCAGAAGAGUGGGAAUGGAUGAUUGAGUACUUUGGCACUGAUUCAAAAUUUCAGGACCAAGCACUUGAAGAGGUUAAAAACAAAGAAGCUGAAACUGAAGGUCCACUUUCAAGUGAGCAGAAAAACAAUGUUUUCCAGACCGCUUACAAAGACACUCUGGAAUGCAAGUCAUCGCAGCCUCGUGGGUACGGAUACAUGGCCAAAACUUCAACUGGUUCUGAAAAGUUCCGUAUCCAGAUUGAAGAGCAAGCUCGUGCUACAGCAGCCACCCAGGAGCGAAACUCUCAGCUCAGCCAGCAGGUCAAUGACUUAGAAGAUCAACUACAAGCUGAACGUGCUAACACACAAGAGAGGAUUAACUUGGAGCGUGCUGAGAGAGAACAACUUGAGGAGAGGUUAAAAGAAGAGCGUGCUGAAAGGGAAAGAUUGUUGCAAGAGGAGCGAACAUCAAGACUGGAAUUUGAAAAAAACAUGAUGGCAAAGUUUGUAGAAUUGAGCAAACAGAUGGAAACCCAACAGACAUCUAGUCCUAAUAAGACUCCAGGUUCAAGGCCGACUGCUAUUUCUUCAAAUGCGCUCAUACAAGCUGCAGCAAGGCAAUCUCGAAUGUAUAAAGCAAUGGAUCCAAAGAACUAGCUGGACUGGACUCUAGAUCAC